AUCAUUUUGUGGUAUUCCAUUAAAAAUGUCUUGUAAAGUGAAGACACGGAAGGCUGAUCCAGUGUAAUAUCGGUAUGUAACUAACGUGUCAUUUUUCAUCCCAGAUGCCAUAAACAAAGCUUGUAUUUAUUUCAACUUUCAAAUGUUAUCAGGCCGCCACGCCCAACUCUGGGACUCUGUGCUCUCGACCAAUCAGAACUGAGGACGCAGUGAAGACGCAGUCGCUGAUUGGCUUGUUCAAAAAUAACAAGAACGUAACCGCGCCAUUUAAAUGUUUUAAAAGUCGUCUGUCCCGUGUUUGUAAGGAGUCAGUAAAAGGAAGAGAACCGUCCUCAUAACGUUCAAGGUAAACCCCAACUGAAAUAAACUGCUGUACACUCUGCUGUGGGAGCACACAUUUACUCGUGAACCAGUGAAUUUAAAGUACACAUAAUGGGAUCCAGUGAGAGUAAGAUGUCUGGGACCGCAGAGGUAAAGCCUGAACCAGCCAUCAAACAUGGACGGGUGGGUCAGCUGAUGGAUCCACGCUCUCCUUCAACUGGCAUUGAUCGCACUCCCAUCCAGGUUGGUGGACCUGUGUCUAAAGCAUCUACUGAGGUAAAAAGUGAGUGUCCUCUGCAAUUUUGUGAUCCUCGAUCACCUACUGUUGGGAUUACUCGCACUCCUGUCAGAGAAGUUAUGAGAGCAACAGUUGGCUCCUUUGCACGUCGGCUCGGCAUGCUUUUCCACAACGAGUCAGAGGACAAAGUUCCUCAGAAAAGCUUCAGUGUUGAUGCAGUGGAGGAGGAGACCCACAAGGCCGAGGAGCAGGUUUCAUCUGAUCCCCUUCUCCCUCCUCAGUGCUCCCUCACCUUCAGCUCCCUGGAUGAGCAUGUGAAUCUGCUGGCCACCACUGUGCCGCCACCUCCCCAGAGCCUGAACAGCUCAAGCCCCUUUGUGCUUCUGGAUGAUGAGCCCCAAGUGGAGUUGGAAAUAGAGACUGAGGCAGAUAUUAGCCUGGAAGAGGCUGAAGAGGCUAGGGAAACACCUCUGCACAAGAGACUCAGCAUGAGCCUCAUAACGUACCAUGAGGGAGCAGCCUCAUCAUUUGUUUUUGCUGAAGUGCACAAUGACAAUCUUUCAUCUCCAGUGUGUGGAGAAGAGUCACAGUCACUCCGGGAUGGAGUGGAUCACUCCUAUGCUCUUCCUGCCGUUAUCUCUAAACCAGAAUCUCCUGUUGAGCCUUCCCUACCCAUUGAUUCAGAUGAUUCCCCAGUUACAAACCCUCCCACACAACCAGAAGAAGCAGAGAAGACCCCAUCUUCAGAAGAAUCAAAAGUGCCAGAAGUCUCUGAAGACUUGCCACUAUCACCCACUCCAUCUGAGGUGUCACCAGUUGUCCCAAGCCCAGAGGAGCCGCAGCUUUGCACCCGCAUCCGCUGCCCCACCAUUGACCCAAGGAGUCCCAGUCAAGUGGUGUUCAAGCCACAGUGGUUAGGAAAAGGCUUUGGUGGCGCCGGCCAAAGGGCCAGAGGAGUGCAAAACCAUGUUGGAAAAGGAGGCUCUUCUCCUCUCGCUGUUCGUGUGGCUGUGAAGAACGCUACCAAUGAAAACAAGGGACAGUCUGGAAAACUGAAGCAGAAAGGCAACGAAGGUCGUUCCCCACUUCAGAUCCUUAAAGAGACCAACUCACCCCGGGAGCAACGUUCUCAGAAACUGAAGGUGUCCACUCCAGACAAGCAGAGGCUGGGACAGAUGGACCGCAGAGUGAUGGCAGUGUCUCUGGAUAAAGAAAACCGAUGAAACACUUUGCUUUUAACUGUGGCAAAACCUGCUUUUAUGUGUACAGUUUCCUUUAUCUGCUUUGUCUUGUGUAAAUUACUUUGAUUUUCGUACAGCAGUCUUCAAUCUUUUGUCCUGUUGUAAAUAUAAAUAAAUUUAUUUCCAUACACAUCAA